AUUGCAAUGGGACUGCCCACUGCAGGGCACAAGCCUUCUCACACAGAGAAGUUAUGAGUGUCGAUCACCUCGAUUGCUCAGGAUGGAUUGGCGAUUUCAGACUUGAAAGUCUAGUUUUUCGUAAGAUGUUUUCCUUCACCUUUACUCAGUCCAAUGGCUUGUAUAUUGUAUAUUAUAUUGAAUGUGUCCAAGUACUUUUACAAAUACAUGUAAGUUAGAAAAGUGACAUUGGUGUUUGAGCCUCAUCAGGAAUCAAACCUUUACUUGAGCAGCUGGUGCUUUAACCACAAGGCUACUAACACCUCACUAGGCAAAAGUAUGAAUGGCAAAAAUAAUUUCCAAAAGCCAGUAAGAGCAUACUACGUUGUGUGUGAGAGCCAAUAAACGUUUAACUCUACAGAAUUUUAAUUAUUUUGGGGCCCAGGAAGAUGGUUGGUGAUGAACAUAGCGCAAUGCGAGAACCCUGAACAGUACGAUUGGGUUUAUGAAGUUAGCCGCAAGAAGAUGAACCGCACUCACGACAGUUUUGAUUUCAGCUUAAAGCUUGAUAGAAUCUUUAAUUCAUCGUAUGCUGUGCAGAUAGACGUAUACCAACAAGUGGAUGGCGGCUUCAAAUACCACAAUACAAUAAGAAACGAGUGCGCUUGUGCAUUGUUUAUGAAAUAUGCUCAACAGAACAUGAGGCGUGGUCUUAUGCAGGCCAAUGUGGAUCCCCCUGAUUGUCCUAUUCAGCCAGGUGACAUAACAUUGAAAGACUUCGUCAUGGACUACAAGGAGCUGCCCAAACUGGGUGUUUAUGGAACAUUCCAGACAAACCUGUACUUAUUGUACGAAGGAAUCAAAUACUUCUGCAUACAAGUCAUUCUUAACUUCGAUUUACAUGAUAGCGAUUGGUUUUAAUAACCACCAUUUAUUGUUA